AUGAGUUAUGAGGCUGGAGAUGUAAUAUAUAAGCUAGAUGUGGUUAACUUUGUCUGCAGACAUGUUCAUGUGGUAGUUCUCUACUAUAUUAUAGGUGGAGAUGAAAAUGUUGCUGUGAAAUUAGAGUAUGGAAUAAAGAAUAGAGCCAUCAACAGUGUUCCAGUCAACAGUGUUCCAGUCAACAGUGUUCCAGUCAACAGUGUUCCAGUCAACAAUGUUCCGGUCAACAGUGUUCCAGUCAACAGUGUUCCAGUCAACAGUGUUCCAGUCAACAGUGUUCCAGUCAACAGUGUUCCAGUCAACAGUGUUAUAGUCAACAGUGUUCCAGUCAACAGUGUUAUAGUCAACAGUGUUGCAGUCAACAGUGUUCCAGUCAACAGUGUUCCAGUCAACAGUGUUGCAGUCAACAGUGUUGCAGUCAACAGUGUUCCAGUCAACAGUGUUCCGGUCAACAGUGUUCCAGUCAACAGUGUUCCAGUCAACAGUGUUCCAGUCAACAGUGUUCCAGUCAACAGUGUUCCUGUCAACAGUGUUGCAGUCAACAGUGUUGCAGUCAACAGUGUUCCAGUCAACAGUGUUCCAGUCAACAGUGUUCUAGUCAACAGUGUUGCAGUCAACAGUGUUCCAGUCAACAGUGUUGCAGUCAACAGUGUUCCAGUCAACAGUGUUGCAGUCAACAGUGUUAUAGUCAACAGUGUUGCAGUCAACAGUGUUCCAGUCAACAGUGUUAUAGUCAACAGUGUUGCAGUCAACAGUGUUCCAGUCAACAGUGUUGCAGUCAACAGUGUUGCAGUCAACAGUGUUGCAGUCAACAGUGUUCCAGUCAACAGUGUUCCAGUCAACAGUGUUAUAGUCAACAGUGUUGCAGUCAACAGUGUUCCAGUCAACAGUGUUGCAGUCAACAGUGUUGCAGUCAACAGUGUUGCAGUCAACAGUGUUCCAGUCAACAGUGUUAUAGUCAACAGUGUUCCAGUCAACAGUGUUCUAGUCAACACUGUUGCAGUCAACAGUGUUCCAGUCAACAGUGUUCCAGUCAACAGUGUUCCAGUCAACAGUGUUAUAGUCAACAGUGUUGCAGUCAACAGUGUUCCAGUCAACAGUGUUGCAGUCAACAGUGUUCCAGUCAACAGUGUUAUAGUCAACAGUGUUGCAGUCAACAGUAUUCCAGUCAACAGUGUUCCAGUCAACAGUGAUCCAGUCAACAGUGUUCCAGUCAACAGUGUUCCUGUCAACAGUGAUCCAGUCAACAGUGUUCCAGUCAACAGUGUUCCGGUCAACAGUGUUAUAGUCAACAGUGUUGCAGUCAACAGUAUUCCAGUCAACAGUGUUCCAGUCAACAGUGAUCCAGUCAACAGUGAUCCAGUCAACAGUGUUCCAAUCAACAGUGUUGCAGUCAAUAGUGUUGCAGUCAACAGUGUUGCAGUCAACAGUGUUCCAGUCAACAGUGUUCCAGUCAACAGUGAUCCAGUCAACAGUGUUCCAGCCAACAGAGUUAAAAUCAACAGUGUUCCAGUCAACAGUGUUCCAGUCAACAGUGUUCCAGUCAACAGUGAUCCAGUCAACAGUGUUCCAGCCAACAGAGUUAAAAUCAACAGUGUUCCAGUCAACAGUGUUCCAGUAAAUAGUGUUGCAGUCAACAGUGUUCCAGUCAACAGUGUUGCAGUCAACAGUGUUCCAGUCAACAGUGUUCCUGUCAACAGUGUUCCUGUCAACAGUGUUCCAGUCAACAGUGUUGCUGUCAAUCACCGCUAUUCACAGUUUGAAAACUCUUGA